UCAGGUGAUACUCCUAGAUUAACAAAACUUAUAAAUCUUACAGGACACAAUUUAUACAAAGGAUGUAGGUAUUCUAAUAUCCGUGACAUUUACAAAAAUCAUGUAUACCUUCCAACUAUGCCACCUAGAGAAAAGAGAAAUGAAUAUAAACAAUAUGAUCCUAAAAAUUUACCCAUUCAAGCUCAAUUGAAUGAAAUAGGAAAUGAGAUGCAUAGUAUUAGAAAGUCACUUCCAACUUAUUUAAGAAGUCCACCCUGUAACAUAGUUAUCCACCAUAAUGGAUAUAAGGCUGAGGAGUGGGCAGCCUGGAUAACUAUGUAUUUUUUACCUUUACUAAAAGGGCAAAUACUAGAUAGACACUAUAAAGGAUGGGUUUAUUUUGUUAAAGCUGUUCGCCUAUGUCAGAAAUUGACAUUAACUUCUCAAGAAUUGAAAGCAUACACUCAGCCAGUCCGAAUUGAAAAAGAUAAAGAAAAAUUUUCUGCUUCUUAUGACGUUAGGGGUAGAACACUUAAGAAUAAGAUAAGAACAGUUACAGAUAAAAAAUGGGCAGUAUAUUGGAUCUAA